UUGACCAGCGUUCCAGAGGUUCAAGACAAUCAAAAUGGCCGCCAACAGAUUGCAAUACCGGAGACGGAACCCGUACGUUUGAAUUCCCUGCCAAAUUUUCCUCGAGAUUCAGCAGCGCUCUACCCCCGAUGGAUUCCGUGCGACGAAGGAAUACGAGGAAAAUCUGAAUGACCAAGGACAAAUAUUGAUGGAUAUUUUUCUCUACAGGUACAACACGCGGUCCAACCAGGUCCGCAUCGUCAAGACCCCCGGCGGCGAGCUCCGUUACCUCCACAUCAAGAAGAAGGGAACUGCUCCCAAGUGCGGUGACUGUGGCAUCAAGCUCCCUGGUGUUCCCGCCCUCCGCCCCCGGGAAUACUCCCAGAUCUCUCGCCCCAAGAAGAACGUCAGCCGUGCCUACGGUGGUUCCCGCUGCGCCGGUUGCGUCAAGGACCGCAUUGUCCGUGCUUUCUUGAUCGAGGAGCAGAAGAUCGUCAAGAAGGUUCUCAAGGAGUCUCAGGCUAAGGCUGGCAAGCGCUAAAUUGGGUGAUUUCUUUUUUAUUCAAGUGGGAGCAAAAAAGGCUGGGAAUGGUUCUCUUAGAAUAAAAAGAUGAACAGGAACGGCUAGCAUGCGAACCCAUACGGGUCGUGGCUAAACCAAUGAAAUUUUAUUUUCAUUAAUGAUUACGAUUCUUGGACGGCGCAAUUGAUUUCAUCUACAAUAUGGAAAUCAUGUAGAUGAAAACCUGGACUAUCAGUCCAACGACAGACUGAUAUUAUCAAAACCAACG